GCCGUGGGGCGCGAUAAGCUCCCCCAGCCCUCCUUUCCCUCAGGCUGAGCAGCCCUGUCCCCUCAGCGCUGUCCCUGUGGGACCCCGGCGCUCUCCUUUAGGCCGAGUUCCUUUCCCUCCCGUGUUCCUUUAACUCCAGUCCCGCCCCGCUCCCUUCCCGGGCCAGGCCCGCCUCAGGCCGGGGCGGUGCGCGCUCCCCGCCAUGGCGGGCGCUGCUGCCCCGCUGCCCGGCCUGGUGCUGCUCCUGCCGCUGCUGCUGCUGCUGCCGGCCGCCAGCCCCGAGCCCCAGCUGCGCUUCAGGCCGCCGGCCGAGGCCCCCGUGCGGUUCUUCACCGAGCCCGAGCUGGCCAGAUACGACGGGCACCAGGAAGGACAGCCCAUCUACCUGGCAGUGAAGGGAGUAGUGUUUGAUGUCACCUCUGGAAAAGAAUUUUAUGGAAAAGGAGCCCCAUACAAUGCUUUAGUUGGAAAAGAUUCAACAAGAGGAGUUGCAAAGAUGUCUCUGGAUCCAGCAGAUCUUACACAUGACACAACAGGACUCACAGAGGAGGAACUGAAGUCCCUGGAUGACAUCUUCAAUAAUGUUUAUAAAGCCAAAUAUCCAAUUGUUGGCUAUACUUCUCGUCGAAUUCUGAAUGAAGAUGGCAGCCCCAAUCUGGAUUUUAAACCUGAAGAUCAGCCACAUUUCAGCAUUAAAGAUGAGUUUUGAGGUACAUUUUUGUACCUAGAGAAUGCCUGUGGAAAGGGCACAGCAGAAUAUUAAAUUAAUUCCCUGUGUUAUGGAGUUUAUUACUACAAUUAGCUAUCAUGAGUCAGUUCUCUGCUCAGAAAAUAUGUGUGUGUGUACACACAUAGCAUAGAGGAGACAAACAGAUCUGUAGGAGUGUCAUACACCUGGGCUGUUUGCUGGGAAUUACAGGAAUUAUUUAACCUGCAAGUUCUUUCUGCCAGGAUUUCUCUGUUAAGAAGUGUAUAAUGUAAAAUUACAUUCCUUAGAAGAGAGAAGAAAGCAUUUAAUAAUUGAAAUAUGACUGGUCUUUUUGUAAAUCCUGAGUUGUUUCCCACUCCUUGGAAAAGUGUAAAUGAAUUAUUUGGACAAGCUAACAUCAAGUCUCUGUGCUUCAUGUGAAUGUAGGUAUCAUGAAUACAGACAGGUGCAACAGAGGCUUACAUUUUCAAAAGCAUUUUGGAAUUUAAUGUUUGAUGGGUUGGAGAAUACUGGAUAUAAAGCCACUCAGUUUUCUCAAAUGUAGUUACUGUAGAGUAUUAUGCAGUACUGUGCAAAGCCUACAGCUGUAAACUGAGAAAAAUAAAUCUUUUCUUCCCCCAUGAGGACUACAGUGACAUUUUAAAUAAGACUAUUAUGUUAGGUUGGGAUAAAUGAUGCUUUACUUCAAAAAAGAAAUCAAAGAUGUCAUCUAUAUUAGAUUAUGAUGAUUUCCUUCUACCUUUCUCCAGUCUUUCUCUGACAAAAAGAGGAAAUCAUAGCCCACUGUUUGCCACAUACUCUUACAGCACGAAUUUAUUACAACAGUUUAGUGUCCUGUGGAUGUUGUUAGCAUUUUUAUAUUUACAAUUUCAGCUCUUAUUUUUUAUGUCUCUUAGUUUUUCUUUGUUCUUACCCUGGCUUCAUCACUGCUGUUUUAAUGAAGUGUGCAGUGCCAUGUUCCUCUUCCUCUUAAGCUGAUACAAAACUGGAGAUCCUGCAGGGUGAAAGCAGACCCCCUUUAUGGCAUUUCCCUGUUAGUCUUUCAGCAGCAAGAGGACUGCAGAAGCCUGAGCUGCAUAAAUUGCUGCUAACCUCUGACUUUCACUAACUUAAGUAGAAUGUGAAUUGUCCCAUAUGUGGAUUUAUCUGUCACUGUCAUAAUUCUGAUUUAUAUGGGAAAAAAAAAGCAGCUGCUCCCAAUUCUUUAUUAAUAAUACAGAUAUAAUAAAAAUAUGAUUCUGUGUUGUUCUAUUUCUUAAGCUUUCUAUGAAGGGAAGAUUUUUUUAGAUGAUUCUCCAUCUUCUGGUUUGUAGGGGACAGCUGCCUGCCAAUUGAAUAACUAGAAGGCUGUUUCGAUGUAUUUGCCCACUCUUUCACAAUGUUACAGAUUUUAUUCUGGAUUUGUUUUGUGUCUCACCAUUAAACCACUUAAUUUGCAGGAGGGACUCUGUGGGCCCCACCACUAUUGGAUGGUGCUCUGAGUAGAAAAAAUAAACCAGCAUAUAAGAAAUUA